GCCGAACGCUCUGACGUGCAUGACGUAAUUGCUUUUAGAAAGAACGCCGUUUUCCGUUUGCUAAGAUGUCGGAUGUGUUACCGACUGUGAAGUAAUCAUGCGUUGAAUCAGCUAAUCCAGCAGUCAUAGAAGGAGACGGGCCCUCCACCAUGUGCCCCAUCGGAGAAUCCGAACUGAGCCCCUCCCCUCGCAGCCGAUUAGCCGAGCUGAGGGAGGGGGCGUGGGAGGCAGGUGACAGUGGGAGCCCUCCCGAUGUUCCUCCGCCCUGGCUGGACAGGCAGAUGUUCGAUCGGGCUAGACAUCUCUUCAAGAUGUAUUUCUUCAGCAUUUUCUUCAGUCAUCUUUCUGGACUCAUGUUGAUAGUGCAUUUGCCGAGCAUGACAGAUACACUCUUAUCAACUGGACAUUCUUCUUCCGUGGUGUCUCUGUUUCGCCGUUAUCUCAGCACUUUGAUACACAUCCGGCACUGGUACGAAGGAGACAUUUGGGACGUUGAUGAUCCCGCCCAUCAAAGCAUCACCCACGUCAGAGCAAUGCACCGGAGAGUUGCCGAUCGCCUCAACGAUGGCAACCAAUCGGAAUCUCAACCCGAGGCCACGCCCGAAAAUGAUAGUCCCCGCCCCAUACUUUCCGUCAUUGAUAAGCCACGCCCAAACACGCCCAAAAACAAUGUACUUAAGGACAGAGUGGCCAUUUCACAGUACGACAUGGCCUUGACGCAGUUUGCCUUCGUUGGACUCGUGAUCAUGAACCCAAAACACGUCGGACUACCUCUCAAUCGAAACGACUUGAAAUGCCUGGUCCACUUCUGGCGAGCUAUUGGUUAUAUGCUCGGAGUAGAGGACAGGUACAACCUUUGUAACGAAGGACUGGACGAAGCCAUAAACACUUGCAAGGACAUCCUGGAAUGUGAGCUUAAACCUUCCUUAUCGAAUGCUUCCAAGGAUUCUUCCGUUAUGAGCAAGGGAAUAAUCCAAGCCAUGAACUCGUUCAUCAUCUUCCUCAGUUGGGAAGCCAUGGCGCGUUUCUGGUACGAGAAGUUCAACCUCAAGGUUGGUUUUCCCAUGGGUGCCUACGAAAAGGUAGGCUACUGGCUCAUGAGAUUUACUUUCGGGUGGCUGCUGCGGUGGCAGGUGUUUCAUUCUUUCUUCAACUUCUUGUUGAGGAUCGCCGUGCGACAAGCUCUAAAUCGAAAAGAGUAUUUUGAAGGAUGGUUGAUACGUCGCUAUAAGCUGGACAGCAUGUGAGUGGUUCGACGUCAGUUACAUCCGGGCCCGGAUCUGCGUACCUGCAGA